GUUGUAAUAAGCUAAAAUAUUAGAGUUAGUAGAAAACUACAUAAAUUAAACCAAUGACCCAUGUACCUUAUAUCUAUAUAAAUCAUCUCUUAGGCUAAGCUAAGAGAGCCAUAUCUUAGCCAAAAGAAAACCACAUAAUAAUGGCUUCUAGUCAAAUAUUUGUUGUUAUGGUGACUUUGGUCACAUUAUUGAUCCCUACCAACUCAUUGCUCACUCCUCAUUUUUAUGAUAAUGUUUGCCCUCAAGCAUUACCAGUCAUAAAGUCAGUUGUUCAUCAAGCAAUUCUUAAGGAAAAACGUAUUGGUGCAUCUCUUCUACGUUUGCAUUUUCAUGACUGCUUCGUUAAUGGCUGUGAUGGAUCAGUUCUGCUAGAUGAUACCAAAAAUUUCACAGGGGAGAAGACAGCUUUUCCAAAUAUAAAUUCAAUCAGAGGAUUUUCUGUGGUUGAUGAUAUCAAAGCAGCUGUUGAUAAAGCUUGUAAACGUCCCGUGGUCUCUUGUGCUGAUAUUUUAGCCAUAGCAGCUCGUGAUUCUGUAGCUAUACUAGGAGGUCCACAACUUUUCUACAAUGUGUUACUGGGAAGAAGAGAUGCAAGAACAGCAAGCAAAGCAGCUGCAAAUUCAAAUCUCCCUCCUCCAUCAUUCAGCUUUUCACAGCUUAUUUCCAAUUUCAAAUCACAUGGAUUAAAUGUAAGAGACCUUGUAGCACUUUCUGGUGGCCACACUAUAGGAUUUGCUAAAUGUAACUUUUUUAGGAACAGAAUCUACAAUGAAACAAACAUUGAUCCUAGCUUUGCAGCAUCUUUAAGAAAGACAUGUCCUAGAAAAGGUGGAGACAACAAUUUAACACCACUUGAUGCAACUCCUUUAAGAGUUGACACAACAUAUUAUACAGAUUUGGUAUAUAAAAAGGGUCUUCUUCAUUCUGAUCAACAAUUGUUUAGCGGAAAAGGUCGUGAAAGUGACAAAUUGGUGGAGCUAUAUAGCAAGAGCCCUUUGGCUUUUGCUAGAGAUUUUAAGGCUUCUUUGAUUAAGAUGGGAAAUUUGAAGCCUCUUAUCGGGACGCAAGGCGAGAUCCGGAGCAAUUGCAGAAGGGUCCGAUAGAAUUGCAAUCUUUUAAAUGGACCUGUGUAUCUUAAAGGUUUAAAAUUUGAUUUCAAUAAAAAAAAUAUGUCUAUCGAUCUUAAAUAAAUAUAAUAGAAAAGUUACAUGUAUUUGGAUCAAGCCAAAUAUGUGUACCUUUUUAUUUAUAUUUAAGACCGAGAAAGUAAUGUGAAUUUGAAUGCAUGUUUGGUUAUGUAAUUUUAAAUGUUGGAGUGACUUUGUAUUAUUUAAGUUCUAGGUUCAAAUGAUAAGGACCUGUCAAGCAAAGUGUCAAGAUUGAAAGUUAGUAAAAAAAGUGAUGUUGAGUUCUUAUGUGAUCAUAGAGAUUCAUUUGUAUGUGAUGUAACUUUCAUGUUCUGUA